CCCAGAUCAAUCAUUGAAAGAGCGAAGAAUAAAAGCGUGGAAGAAGUACUACUAGAUUCCUUCUCUAACAUCAAAAACAAGAAGAGUUGUCUAUAUUUUGGAGAAGUGGAGGGAGCAAUAGGGAAAAUCCAGUUUUGGGAUGGGCGUGAGAGCAAAUCCAAAGAGAUGACAUGGUGCAAUGACUCAGACGAUGAGAGGGCCCUUCACAUAAUCGCGCCAACUCCUAAAGAUAACAAUAACUUCACUGAAAGAACCGAUGAAAUUCGGACCAUAACAUGCCCAUCAUGUGGCCAUAACAUAGAAUUCCAAGAUCAGGCCGGAAUUCAUGACUUGCCGGGGCUACCAGCCGGAGUGAAGUUUGAUCCAACGGACAAUGAAAUUCUUGAACAUUUAGAGGCGAAGGUAGUUUCCGACACUGGGAAGCUUCAUCCUCUUAUUGAUGAAUUCAUCCCGACGCUUGAAGGAGAGAAUGGAAUUUGCUAUACUCACCCUGAAAAGCUGCCAGGAGUUAGCAAAGACGGCCAAAUUCGCCACUUCUUUCAUCGACCUUCAAAGGCAUACACGACAGGGACGAGGAAACGAAGGAAGGUCCACACCGAUGAGGAUGGAAGCGAGACAAGAUGGCACAAAACAGGCAAGACCAGGCCUGUCUUUGCCGGUGGAACAGUAAAGGGUUUCAAAAAGAUCUUGGUUCUCUACACCAACUAUGGCAGGCAAAGAAAACCUGAGAAAACAAACUGGGUGAUGCACCAAUACCAUCUUGGCGACAAUGAAGAAGAGAAAGAUGGAGAAUUAGUGGUCUCAAAGGUUUUCUACCAAACACAGCCUAGACAAUGUGGUUCGAGUAUUAAGGAUUCCUUUGUCGAAGACAAACAAUUGAUGACGAAGAACCAAAGCAUCGGCCAUGAUCAUAACAACAAUAUUCCUAUGCCUAAGAACGCAGCUCUUGUGGAGUAUUACAAUCCUAAUUCUUUCAUCAACUAUGAUCAUCACCAGGGGGGGCAUAAUAGGGAAAUCUCACCACAACUAAUUCCUAAUCUGGUUGUCCAGGGUGAUGGGUCAUCUUUUAUUCGAAUAGCUUCAGAUGCAAGCAAAGGAAAGUUUGAGAGAAAAUAGUGAUGGGGGAGCUAGCUUCUGGUGGUGGUUGUUGCUGUUGCUGUUGCUGUGUAAUAUUAGUCAAAUAAGUUAUAUAUAUUGGAUUGAGAUUACAAUGAGGACAAGAGGGGAAAGUAAGGGGAAUAAUAAGAUAAUGGCUCAAGUAUUUCCAAAUUGGGUAUGGAAAAUUUGGCCAAUGUUGUUGUUGUUGGAAGUUUCUUUUGUGCAGGCCUAGCUAAGGAAUAUGUUGGGAAAGUGACGUAAUAUUUUAGGAAUGUACAGAUCGAAGGUGAUGAUCGAUGCCUACAAACAUCGAUCCGUACGUAUGAUAGGGUUAGUAUUUAGUUUCAUCAUUACUUUGUUCCUCUCAUGGAUCAUGAGGAACUUUUGACUCAAUUGAUGAUGAUGAUACCGCUUUGUUGGAUUUUCGUUGUAGAUUUCCUACAAAAGAGAUUAUUCUUAACUUUCUUGUUUGUGUGUAAGCUUUUUGUUUCA